AUGGGAGGACGGCCAGAUGGUAGAUUUUGCCAGAAAGCCAUGAAAGGGAGUGCAAUAGCAGACUUUCUAGCUAAUAGAGGCUUGGAGGAUUACGAGCCUUUGAACUUUGAUUUCUCGAACGAAGACCUGAUGUAUGUGGCAACCACUGAAGAAAUUUCCGAAGUCGAUCGCAUUCGGAAGCUAAAUUUUGACGGAGCUUCAAACGCUGUGGAAUAUGAAGCAUGUAUCAUGGGCAUCUGUGCAACCAUAGAAUGUACAGUUAAAGUACUAGAGGUAUAUGGGGAUUCCGCAUUGGUGAUAUACCAACUUAAAGGAGAAUGGGAGACAAAAGAUCCCAAAUUAAUUAGUUAUCAAAAUCUGGUUCUCGAAUUGAUUGAUGAGUUUGAUGACACUACUUUCUGCUAUCUCCCACAAGAUGAAAACCAAAUGACGGAUGUGUUGGCUACUCUAGCUUCUAUGAUCAAAGUGAACAAACUAGAGGACAUGAAGCCUAUUCAGAUGAGCAUUUAUGAGACCCCGACUCAUUGCUACAAUAUCGAGGAAGAGGAAAAAGAAAACCAUCCUUGGUACCAAGAUAUACUACGAUAUGUGAAGAAUCGGGAGUACCCUGAUCAGGCAAUGGAGAAUGAUAAGAGGACAAUGAGAAGACUAGCCAUUGAUUAUGUCUUAGAUAGAGAGAUUUUAUACAAAAGGGGAAAGGAUCAGGUACUAUUAAGAUGCGUGGAUGAUGUGGAGGCUAAGAAAAUCUUGGAGGAAGUCCAUGAGGGUCUCUAUAGAACGCAUGCCAAUGGUUUCACAAUGGCUAGACAGAUUAUAAGAUUCAGGACCUCCACUGGGGAAACACCUUUCUCUCUGGUGUAUGGGAUAGAGGCAGUUUUACCCAUUGAAGUCGAAGUUCGGUCUCUUCAGGUAUUGGCUGAGCUAAAGUUGGAUGAAGCGGAAUGA